UGUAUAUAUGUGUGUCUUUUAAUACAUAAAUUUUCAAAUAAUAAUUAUGCCCCGACGCAAGCAACAGAGGCCUCCUUUAAUAGGAGAAGACACUAGAAUAGCAGUUAAUUUAACUUUGAAGAAAUUAUUAGGAACACCAGAUCAAAAAGAAUUAGAAUUUCCAUCUUCAUAUACAGCAGAAGAACGAGCUUACAUUCAUGAACUUGCCAGGGAACUAGGUUUAAAAUCUAAAAGCAGAGGUAAAGGUAUCAAUCGAUUUUUAACCGUAUACAAGAGAGAAGGAUCUACUAUAGUUCAAGCUGAUGCAGUUAUCAAACUGCAAAAGACUUCUAAACAAAGUAUUUAUGCUUUAUUACAUAAUUUCCCAUUGAAUCAUAAAGAAUGUCAAGAUUUGUUACCUCCAAUGGAAAGAGAAAGGCCUCUUAAUGCAGAUGUUAUUGCAAGCACAAAAGCUAUGGGUCGUUUGAAUAGUAGCAUCCCACAAGUUCCACAAUUGAAGACUAAUUUUGACGUAUUGAAUUUUCGUAAAUCUCUUCCAAUUUAUAGUGCACGAGAAGAUAUUUUAAAUGCUUUAGCUACUAAUCAAAUAAUCAUAAUAGCUGGGGAAACAGGAAGUGGUAAAACUACUCAAGUACCUCAAUAUAUAUUAGAGCAUUGCCAACAGAGACACCAAAUUUGUAGAAUUAUAUGCACUCAACCUAGAAGACUUUCUGCUGUAUCUGUUGCUGAAAGAGUUGCAUUUGAAAGGGAUGAAAAAAUUGGACAAACAUUUGGUUAUCAAAUAAGACUUGAAAGUAGAGUUGCACCUAAAACUUUAUUAACAUAUUGUACCAAUGGUGUUCUACUUAGGACUCUUAUGGGUGGAGAUUCUGCUUUAACUACGGUUACACAUAUAAUAGUUGAUGAAGUUCACGAACGUGAUAGAUUUUGUGAUUUUCUUUUAAUAGCUUUAAAAGAUGCUGUGAAUAAAUAUAGAUCAUUGAAAAUCAUUCUUAUGAGUGCAACUUUGGAUAUCAAUAUUUUUGCCAAGUACUUUGACAAGUGUACUGUUAUUAAUGUCCCUGGUAGAUUGUUCGAAGUAGAAACAUAUUUUCUUGAAGAUAUUUUAAAAAUGACUGGUUACAUGACUAAGCAAAUGAUGAUGAGAAAAAAAGAAUUUUUAAAUAAAAAAGAACAAUGCAAAGUCUUAGAAUCUUGGACGCAAUACAAGCCACAAAUUUCUGGUAACGGUUCAUCUAAUGAAAGAUGCUUGUUACCUGCUCCAAUAUUAGCACAACAAAAUGAACCAAUACCAGAGAAGGUUAAACUUGAACCUUGGUUGAUAGAAGAAGUAGAUAAAAGUAUAUCGGAUGCAUGGUUGUGCGGUGGGGAAGAUAACUUUGCACAAUUAUUGCAUUUUAUACUCUCUGAAAAUGUUUCUGUAGAUUAUCAACAUUCUAAGACAUUAGUCACACCAUUAAUGGUUGCCGCAGGUAGAGGAUGUAUAAACACUACUGAACAACUAUUAAAUCUUGGAGCAAAUUUGAAUCUUCGAGCUGGUAACGAAUGGACUGCAUUAGAUUGGGCAAAAAAUAUGAAACAAAUUGAAUGCGCUGAAUUGAUUGAAGCAUAUAUGAAAACAUAUGAUUGUACUGUACAAGAUUGUGAUAUAGUUCAUGGUGAAAAUGUCCCUCUCUCUGAGGAAGCUAAAAUGUUAUUAAAUGUAUAUCAUCAUACAUUUAACGAUGAAAAUAUCGAUUAUGAUCUUCUUGUACAUCUCGUUAUAUAUAUUCAUUUAAAAAUGCCACCAGGUUCAAUGUUAAUAUUUUUGCCAGGAUACGAUGAUAUAGUAAAUGUCAGAGACAAAAUAAAUAGCGAGGAAAAGAAAUUGAAUCAAGGUCUUCGUUACACUUUAUAUGUACUACAUUCAAAUAUGCAAACGUGUGAUCAGAAAAAAGUAUUCAAACCUAGUUCACAGGGAAGUAGGAAGAUUAUUCUUUCUACAAAUAUAGCAGAAACAAGCGUUACCAUCGAUGAUGUCGUUUAUGUCAUUGAUUCAGGAAAAGUUAAAGAAAAAUCAUUUGAUGCAAUAUUAGGUGUAUGUACAUUUCGUUCUAAUUGGAUAUCACAGUCAUCUGCAAAAGAAAGAAAGGGAAGAGCUGGCAGAUGUAGGAAAGGUUUCUGUUAUCGUUUAUUUUCUUCAGUUCGAUUUAAUAGUAUGGCAUCUCAUCAAACACCUGAAAUCUUACGAUUACCUUUACAAGAAUUAUGUCUCUUUGCAAAACAUUUGGCACCAGGAAAUACACCAAUUGCAGAAUUUUUAGACAGAGCUAUAGAACCUCCUUCUAAUAUAGUAACCAGAAAUGCUGUUCAAUUAUUGAAGACCAUAGAUGCAUUGGAUCCAUGGGAAGACCUUACUGAAUUAGGAAGUCAUUUAUUAGAUAUACCAAUAGAACCAAGAUUAGGAAAAAUGUUACUUUAUGCAGUAGUUUUAAAAUGUCUCGAUCCAGUUUUAACUAUUGUUUGCAGUUUGGCAUAUAAAGAUCCAUUUAUUCUACCAGCUCAACCAUCACAAAAAAGGGCUGUGGCUGCUGCUCGAAAAAAAUUUGCAACCGGAACUUAUUCAGAUCAUAUGGCUGUUCUGCGAGCAUUUCAGAGCUGGCAAAAUGCUAGAGCAAGUGGCAAGGAACGUAGUUUUUGUGAAAAAAAUUUUAUUUCAGCACCUGUUAUGGAAAUGGUUGUUGGAAUGCGAACUCAACUUCUUGGUCAACUUCGUGCAUCUGGAUUUGUUAGAGCAAGGGGUGCUGGUGAUAUUAGAGAUUUGAAUACAAAUUCUGAAAAUUGGGCAGUCGUUAAAGCCGCUUUAACAGCUGGUUUAUAUCCAAAUUUAAUCAGAGUCGAUCGAGAGCAUAUGCAAUUAAGAACUCAAAAAGAAGUUAAGGUCUUCUUUCAUCCAUCAUCGACAUUAAGAGAUUUUCCAAAAUCACCUAGAAUGACUUAUGCACAAACUCAUGCAGCUAAUGUAGAAUCAUUACCAACAGAUUGGUUACUUUAUGAAGAAAUGAGUCGUACUGGUCGUUUCUGUCACGUUAAAAUCGUAACUCUUGUAAAUCCCUUAACUGUAGCACUUUUUAGUGGUCCAGCAAGAUUACCAAUGGAUGUUAUUUAUGAAGCUGGUGCAAUACCCGAAAGUGAAUCUGAUUCAGAAGUGGAUGAAAAUCAUGAGGGUACUAUUUUUAAAUUGGAUGAUUGGGUAGUAUUCAAACUUGAUAUUGAGACUGUACAAUUGUUUUUAAAUUUACGACAAAAAUGGAAUGCUCUAUUCUUACGACGUAUGAAAGCACCUGGAAAACCUAUGUCACAGUUAGAUGAAAAAGUUGUUAGUACAAUAGUAACUGUUCUUACUAAUGAAGAACAAGCAUGUGGAUUGCAACAACCAUCAGGAAUUGGACAAAGACCACGUCCCUUAAUAGUCGAUUAUUAUCCUGCAAAUGCUAGAAGAGCAGAUGAUUUUGUCGAGAGAAACUUCUAAAUGAGAAAUUUAUAUCUCUAAAGAAAUGAUUACAAAAAAAAAAAAA